AGCUUUAUACAAUUCCAUUUUGAUAGUUUUCGAUUGUGUCAGAGAAAAAUACGUUGACACCUUUAGCUAUUUUUCAUCGUGUUUGGAAAGUUUCCAGGUGAACCACACUGAUUUCUUAGCUUGUUUUGCAUUCAUAACACUGUCCUGUAGUAUUUGGGGUAUGGGUUGCGGUGCUGGGGCUUCGUUAGAACUUAUUAAUGCGUAUACUCACAAUCUAAACUUUGUGCUUCGGGACUGAAAAUGACUUACCAUACUGUAACUGUCUUCUGAUGAAAACUUAGGACUCCUGAGUGGGAACUUGUGACAAAGGACUACCAUUCUAAACUUGUGCUUGGACCGAAAUAAAUUACUGACAUUGUAACAGACAAGACAAUUGACAUUAUUCCUAGACAACUGGCUUUUGACACUAGACACUUAAUGUCUAUGAUGAGUGUUUAUUGUAACAGUUGGCCAACAGGGCUUCUUUUUACUGCAACAUGUGACCACUGGCUUCUUUUAGACAUUUUGACAACCGACUUUUGACACUACAUGACAAUUACAUAUGACAAUUAUUGACAAUUAAAUGUGCGUCUCAUUAAAACAAACUGACAUGAACUGACACGCUCUAUACUUACAAAAAUUCCUACUUACCCUUAUUACUGAACGGAACGAACAACUCUAAACUUAAACCGAAUAACGAAGAAAGCCCAGCACCCCUAACAGAAUUAGUUGAAUUAUAAGAAAGAAGAUGACACAGGGAUAGUUGAUUCUGCCUCUGGACUAAAACCUUGGUGGGAUCUAUCAGCCAAAUAAACCUUAGCCCCACUGCAAGGAAACCUUCAUAUCAAUGAAUACGUGAUAUAUAUUGUGUCAGGUUGUUGUUCUCCUCGUGCCAUUACCAAAGCCGUAUUUGCGUGUAGAUGAAUAUGUGAAAGAUAACAUGCCUGAGCGAUACUGUUGCCAUGCCAUCGCCGACCUUGUAAUACAGUGUCAAAUAAAGAAAAACCCCACAAAAAACAAUUAGUACAUUAAUCAGGGAGGGUGGGCAAUAAAUGUCUGAACUGUUUAAGAACAACAAUUAGUGUAGUAAUAACAUAUUUAAUAAGCAUGAGUUUCAUUUGUCAUCAUCAUCAUUCUCGGCUUAACGUCCGUUUUCCAUGCUACCAUGGGUUGGACGGGGUAUAUUAUUGACCCUCUUCCAAUCUGCUCUAGACUGUGUUAGAUCUAAACUCAACUUUCUCUGUAUCACGUCUGUCCUUAUAACCUCCUGCAAAGUCUUUCUUGGUCUGCCUCUGGGCUUUGCCCCAGGAAAUAUCAGGUCUCUACACUUUCUUACCCAAUUAUUCUCCUCUAUUCUUUUUAAGUGCCCCAGCCAAUUCAAUCUACUUAUCUGGAUAACAUCUUUAAUUCUACGGAUACUUAGACAGGCUUCUUAGCUCAUCUGAACUCUUUCUGUCUCUCAGACUGGCGUUACACACCCACCUAACCAUUCUCAUAUCAUUCCUUUCUAAACGGUCAAGAUCUUCCUGCUUCACUGCCUAUGUCUCACUACCGUACAACAUAACACUUCUUACACAGGCCUUAUACGACCUACCUUUUACCUCAAUUGACAAGACUCUGCUAGUCAACAAAGGAAGUCACUCUCAGAACUUUUACCAAGCAGAACCUAUGUUGGGCAGUGAAGGGGUGUAGGAAGAAGUGUUACUUGCAGAAUUCCAUUUCCUCUUAUUUUUUCUGAAGUAAAUAAGGGGAUCCUUGUUUUGUGGGAACAAGUACAAAAGUGUUUUGGAUGGAAUCCCCAAAUAUGUUUUACAAUUUUUCUGUUUUAUUUUCUGCAUGCUGUAACUUUGCUGUGACUCUGACUUCUUUUUCUAACUUAGAUGAUAAAUUCGCAAAUUGUAGGAGAAAACGGUCUGCACCUGUCUCUGUUAAGUAACAAUAAUGACUUACUUCGAUUGUCUCACUUGAUUACUCAGCGGUAUCACAAACACAACCAGCAGAAACACAACAACACAAUUUGAUCCGUAACACAACAACACAACUGGAUAUCAACACAACUGCACAACCACUUGAGGCCCCACCAAGAACAUUCACUAUUGUUUACAGUCUAUAUUAUGGAGACAACAUAUUAAUAUCAACAAUCUCCCUUCUCUUUCUUCAAUUAGUGAAUGUUGGUGAGAAUCUGUGUCUUCUCAUUUUUAUUAGUCUUUUUCAUUUUCUGUAAAUCAACUCAAUCAUAUGUACACUAUUUACAAACUUCUUCACUUUCUCAGCUUACAGCCGAGCCUCUGCAAUUGCUUGCAAAAGUCGACUUGACGAAGCUCCAUUCUUUGUCAUUGGGUCUGCCAUUUGGUCUUUUGUUGUUAUCCAACUAAGUUUUGAAAUUUCUUUCUUAUCUAUCAUUUCUUUCAAGAUGGCAAUGUCAACUCUUAAUCUUCUGUCCAAAAUACCUUUACUGCAAUGUGCAGCAUCUACCAAAGACUUGCAAUCCGUAUAACAUUCAAUUGCAAUCCUUUGCCAUCAAAGACAACAUUUCGAAUAAUACUCGAUAACCAGUAUGACGAUUCUGCAGCUUCUAUAAGAGCUAACGUUUCUGCUGAUAGUGUACUUUUGACAACUCAUCUAACUCUUUUUGACUGCCAAGCUAAGGGGAUCGUAAUUGACUUAUCUUUGUUACUUAGGAAGAUAACAUAACCGCCUUGUGAACCUCCAUCACUCAAAUUCCCAUAUGAAGCAUCACUAUAACAAAUAAGUUUGGCUUAUUCAAUAUUGCCUACGCUUGGAAAGUGGAGUGCAACAUCAUUUUUCUUCACUUUACAUAUAACUUUGUUUAAUAUGUCAGGUCACCAAUAGUAGCUUUGUUUACAAUUCCCAUCAGCUGACAGCAAUCAAACAAUGUCUGGUCUUGUCUGAGUAGCUACCCAAUUUAAUUGACCAAUUAAUUGCUUCAUCUUUGUCUUUUCCUCAUCACUUAAACCGUCUGAUUUGGACAAUAAUCUCUUUUUAGGUAGGUAAAUUUCUUGGAUACUAUUUACAUAUGAUAUCUGAUCUAACAUUAUCUCGUUAUCGUUAUAACUGAGGUUUAUACCAAGGUAUUUGAACGCGACUGAUUUUUCUACACCAACUUGAAAGAUUUUUCUUAUCUCUUCAAUAACCUCUCUCUUAAAAUAUUCGCUCCCUCCCCAACAAAAAUCAUCAACAUGUGUAGAAAUAAUACCUGCUAGUUUACCAUUGUGGUGCCAAUAAAGUAAACCAGGGUCAUAUUUACAUACUUUAACAUUCAAUUUGGUAAGUUCUUCAUAAACCUUAUGAUACCAAGUCCUUGAAGCAUCGUUUAAUCCAUAAACACAUGUCUUUAAUUUCCAUACUGUUCCUUCUUUGUAGGCUUCCUUGGGUGGACGUAUAUACAAUUCUCUGUCAAUAGGCUUUCCUUGAAGAAAUGCUGCUUUAAUGUCGAUAGAAUGGCAUGUGCAAUUAAUGACAGACAUAAUAGCAAACAUAAUCCUAAGUGACUCUUUACAGCAGGUCGGAGAAUCUGUUUGUACAUCUGCUUUAUCUUCAAAUCCUCUUGCUACUAACCUUGCUUUAAAUUUGACCAAACCAGACUGGUCACAUUUCUUGGUAAUCACCCAUCUUGUCAAUAUCAAUGAUUGUUUAGACACUGGAACCUCUUUAUAAACAUUGUUUUUAAUCCAAUUUUCCAGCUCAUUCGUUUUUGCUUGCUUAAUUAAUUCAGUCUAUGUGCUGUCAACUAACAGUAUCUCUUCACUAAUUGAUGGACUAAUUUCUUCAUUUAUUCUUUCUAUUUUUGAUAUUCCCUUUUUCAUAUCAAUACAUUCUGUAGAGCCAUCUUUAUGGCGAACAUUCCAAAAAUCUUUAUAUUUUCCUCCCUGAGCCUUUCCAACUUUUCCAGCUCUUAAAAUUACUUCAACUUCUUUUAAUUGCAAAUCUUCAUUUGUUGCAAUGCGUAUUUUCAUCUUUGGUUUUAAUUUAACAACAUCAUUUUCAGCAUCAUCAUUUUUAUUGUUAGCAUUGACAUUCCGCUGUUCGCUUACAUCUUUAUUGUGUUCCACAUUUUCUAAUUUGCUUCCUUCAUCGAUAGGAUUUAUACUAUCAAAGUCAUCAUCAUUUCCCUCAUUUCUUCUUCUUCAAUAGUAUUUUCGGUAUCUUCAAAGUAUACAUUGUUCUCUUCUAGUGUAACAGCUAACAGCAUCUACAUCAUCCUCAUCAUUUUUACUGUAUACAUCAUCUUCUAGUGCAAGAUGUUUCAUAAACUGUUCUGUGUUUGUUUCAGGUUUCGGUGUGUCAUCAGAAGCUAUUCUCUCUUGACCUUUCUCAUGCAUUAAAUUACAUGGAUGCACACAAAUGUAUCGACUUCCAUGUUUUACCAAAACUUGCUGACUUUCAAAACCUAUAACUGUACCUGGGCCAUGCCAAUGUUUGUCGUCUUUUCUCCAAUAAUAGACUUUAUUGCCAUUCAUGUAUUUCACAUUUCCAGAAGGUCUAAUUUGAUGUCUCAAAGCUCGUCGUAUCUUUUCUGAUGACUCGUUUUCGAUAUAUGCCCGUCUUGCUGCAUGCAUAGCAUUUAAAUUUUUCGCUACUACUUGACUAGCAGUUUUACUUUCCAUUGCAGGUGGCUUAUUUGUCAAUAUGCAUGGUAUAUUGGGGUUUUUGCCAAAAAGUAAUUGGUUUGGACUGUAGCCAUUGUAAUUGAGUGAGUUCUUUGCACUAAUUGCCCAACUUAAAGCCACUUCUAACUCACAGUUUUAAUCAUUCAUAAUUUUUUGAAUAGUCUCUCCAGUGAUAGCAUUAUGCCUUUCAACUAUUCUGUUACUCCAUGGACUCUCUGUAGCAGUGGUUACAACCCUAAUGUUAAAUUUUUCACAGAAAUCAAUGAAUUCACUGUUAUUGAAUUCCCCUCCAUUGUCAACCAUGAACUUCCCUGCACAGUCAAAUGUUCCUAUCCAGAUUUCAAAUAUCUUUUUGACAAUCACUUCUUUUCGUUUGCUAUGUAUGACAGUAGCACUAUACUUUGUAAAAGUAUCAAUUAAAUGUAAAAACCAUGUUUUUGUAUUGCCAUCUGUCCACUCUUUUAUGUCCAUUGCUACACAGCCAUUAAAGUCAUUGGACAUACGCAAACCCACCAUAGGUCUUGGGGAUAGUUUCUUGUACUUGAAACAUGUCUCGCAUUUCUGUGAUAUAUGGUCAAUCAAUGUAUGUAACUUCUUAUCCUCAACACCUGCAUCCGGAAGUAACUUCUUUAAACGUUCUGGUGGCGGAUGAUUAAAUUGUUUAUGAAGUUUAACAAUGUCUUUUAAUUUUUCGGUUUCAUUUUUCAUAGCGAAUCUCUUUGAGUACAGAACUAUUUCUUCCGCAUCCACACUUGAAAUAUCAUCAAAUUCAAAUUUUCUUUUGCCUAAAGGGAUACAAUAGUGUCCUGAGGAUGUGAGAAACACCUUUUGCUUCAUUCCCAGAAUUUCUAUUGUGUCCUUUGAAAAAUCAAUUUUUGUGCCUGCUUUCUUCAUGGCAUCUUUACUAAAAAGUAGUGGCAAAUCUCCUUUCACAACAUCUGUUACAAUACUGAUAUUAGUAUCUUCAAUUCUGGCUGGCAAUUUCAUUUGCUUAAUAGAUCUCAUUUCAUUUCCAUCUCCAACUUACAUAUUGUAUUACUUUGUGACUCUGUGACUCAAUGUCUCUAAAUAUUCUUUCAGCCAACUUUCUCCACAAACAGUUUUUGAACAGCCUGAAUCCAGAACAGCAGCGCUCAAUGUUUCACCCAUAAAUACAUCCAUUACCUCUGUAUACAAUGUUACAUUCACUUCCUCUUUCUUUUUCUUUCUAUUUUCGUAUGAGUCUGGGCAAUCUCUUUGCCAAUGAAACACAGAUCCACAAAUGUUACAUAUCGAUACUUCUCCAUUCAUAUCCACAGGAUUUCUUUGACGAUUAUCUUCACUAUUUCUGUCAGCAGUAGGUCUUGUGUAGUUGGUCGCACCUCUAAAGUAUCUUCCUCUUCCUCUAAAAUACUGAUGACUGCCAUGAUAAGUCGGUUCUAAUUUAAUAUCAUUUACAUUGACUCUAUCUUGUUGAACUAUAUCACUAAAGAUCCUCUUCAGUUGAUUUUUCAUUCCGGGAAAAUGUGAGUUCAGUAAUAGUUCCCUUCACCAGUUGUUCUUGUUGCUCAGGUAGUCUUGCGUUUACCAAAAGUUUAUAUGCUAAAAUUCCAUCCGGUAAUUCCAAGCCAUAUUGCUUAGCUUUGUUGUGUAAGCGUUCAAACUCAAUUACAUAUUGUUUCAUUGUCAUUUCUUCAGUUUUGCAAAAUUUUUCAAAAUUAUCAUAGUUAGUAAAAGCUAAUUGUAACGUGUCUUUAAAUAAGCUGUCAAGAGUUUCUAUUACUUUAUCAACACCAUUAUCUGCAUUAAGAGUCUCAAUUUUCAUUUCAAGAACUGCAUCUCUAGCUUUACCUUCAAGUGUAAGAAAAAUAGCAGCAGCCUGUUUCGUUUUAUCAACAUUUGUAAAAAUUUGCCAAAUUUUUAUCUCCUUUUUCCAGUUUUCAUAUGAAAUGUCCUCACUUAACGUUGGCAGGGCCUUGUAAUCUUUUCUUGAAGCCAUUAUUCCUCUGCUACCAUUUGUUAAGUAACAAUAAUGACUUACUUUGAUUGUCUCACUUGAUUACUCAGCGGUAUCACAAACACAACCAGAAGGAACACAACAACAUAAUUUGAUCCGUAACACAACAACACAACUGGAUAUCAACACAACUGCACAACCACUUGAGGCCCCACCAAGAACAUUCACUAUUGUUUACAGUCUAUAUUAUGGAGACAACAUAUUAAUAUCAACAGUCUCUACCUGCAAUUUUUUUGUACUCACAAUACGCGUUGAAAAGAUAAUUACCACUGUUUUUACUAUAUAUAUAUUCAACAAACUCUUUUUACAAGAUAGGCUCAUAUCUCUUGAAUUAGAAAUGCUGUAUCAUUAUAUUAUUAUGUUAUAUUUUCCGAAUGAUUUGGUCGGUUAUGCCAGAUUAAAAAUAUUGUAAAAUUUAAUUUUUCAGUUUUGGCCAAAAUUAUUAAAUUGAGUGCCAAAACAUAUUUGCAAUUAAAGAAAAAACAAGCUGAGGAUACAAUAAGCUUAAUUAGCUGGAACAUGAAGAAUUCGUCAUUGUUUAUAAGCAGCAAAGUAGCAGUGUGAGACAGAGUUUCUUUAUGCUCUUUUCAUGAUGUUUGCAAAGAAUGUGUAAUCUAAUCUACAUAAAUAAUAAAACAAACCACCAGGUCAUGUGUCCAACUACAACAAAGAUCAGACUACAAUUAAUUUAUUUUAAAAAUAUCACAUUUAGUAAUUUUUGUCAAAAAAACAAACAAGCAAGUUUUCCAUGUAAAUCAGCCCUCCUAAAAAGGUGUUUUGUUGAGCGGGGACAGCAAACAUUCCAUCAUUUGCAACCACAUGUUUAAUUUGAUAGCUUCCAAUGUGCCUAUAUAGAAAUCUGAUGUAUCUGCAGAGUACACAUAUAAAUGUGCAAAAGUUCAAAAUUUGAAAAAAUACAAAUACAGGAAAAAAGUCAAAACACUUUAAUUCUGAAAAUAUGUGCCACGUAAAAAUAACUGAGAAGAAAGAAAAGUCAAAUCUAGGCACACUCAAUUUGACAAUAUAUCGUUUCAAGCCCCUUUUUUAAUUUUUGGGAGUGGGGGGUGGGAAGGGAUUGUAAUAGCUUUAGCUGUUCUCGCACUUGUGAUGUUAGCGUUUUUAUCAAAAAACACGUUUCAAGAAUACGUUUCAAGAAUCAAAAUGUUUUGAUCAUUAAAUCUUUAAAGCAUGUUUUAAAGGCCAAAACAUAGGAUAAUUUCAAAAUGUUUUUUCGUUCAAACUUAUUUUAGAUUUAAUGCGAUUUUGAUGUCAUUAUGUUGUUCAGAUGUGCCUUACAUAUAUAAAAUGACUUAAAAACCCAAUGUCAAAGUCCAAUAUUUUACCCUCCUCAUACAAAAACCUCUUCUACAAGCCCCAUAUUAAAACUUCAAUCAUUUUGACAGCAAGGAACUUAGUGACAUCAAGAUUACUUUAAUGUGUGCUGAUUUACACUGCAACUCAUGUUUAAGAUGACGAUUAGGUUUGAAAUACUACUGUUUAUAUGAGUGUUUUCAGUUUAUAUUAUAUAUUUCCAUUAUGUUUUAGAUAAAAUUUAUUAUAACAAAAGAACACUAUUAGUAUAUUGAUAAACAAUGAUCUGCUAGUGCUAAGUGCUGUAUCUAAAAGAUUUACUUGUAUGCAAAAGCAAUUGCCUUAGAAAUGAUGGCACCAAUUGGUGUUUGUUGCUGGAAUAGUAAUCUAUAUUAAAACCAAAUUAAAUAACAGAAGUAUGUUUGACUAAAAGAAGCAAAUGGAUUAGAUAAAGUCUGUAAUACAUCUGGCAUGGUUACAAUUUUGUAUUAGCAAAAUGAAGUUGUGCAACACAGUUAGUACUUUAUAAUAAGAUGCAUGACAUCAAUUCCAGAUUAAUUUGUGCUGUUGAUGUGUUUGCUGAUAUUUUGAGCAAACUGUUGGAAACAUUUGUCAUUGAUCACAAAGAUUCAGCUACAAAAACCCCAAAUGUUGCUUUAGCAAACAUACUACGUCAAAAUAAAAGUCUAGAUAAAAAAUUGUUGGCGUCCUUUAAGCAUCCAGAUAAUAAAGAAAAAAUAUAUGAUGUUACUUCUCCCUCUACUCCAUUCAAAGUACGUAUCGAUAUUUCAUCAUUGGACAUAUCAUUGCAAUAUAAAAUUUUAACCAGUGUAGAGGGAUUUUUAACCAAUCAGGAGAAGUCAAUUCAGUGUAAGGACCCAGCUCAUCAACCUUGCUGUAAUAAAUGUUUUCAUCAGUGCAAUUGUCCUAAGAAAUGCAAAAAUGUUAAUCAUCCAUGUACAAAUUGCAGAAAUACACAAAGAGAUUGCAAGGGGAAAUCUGGAUGCUGUCAUGUAUGUGAAAAAUGUAGAAAGUGCACAAUGAUACUACCGGCUGAAAAUCAGUGCUCAACUUAUAAACUGAAAAAAUCUGUAGACAUGAUAAUGAACCUUAGAAAUUUAGUUGCUCAUAUGACUGACAAAGAUUGUGAGAAUUUUGAAAAUUCUAAACAGCCAUUUUCAAACUUCUCUGAUUAUAAAGAUUGGAAAUCAUUCUCUGAUUUUAUAAUCAAUGUGAUUUUUAAGGAUAUUAUUACGUUUAUGCAAAACUUUAAAAAUCCAUUACCCUUGGAAGAAUGUGACAAAUUUGAAAAAGCAUUACUCAAAACGUUACAUGACCCUGACGUGAAAGAGCUCUUGCAUGAACAUGAUGUAAAAAUUAGUAAGAUGGAGAAACGUAUGUCUUGUACAGAAGCAAAGGUUGAAAUAUUAUGGAAUGAUAAAAUCCAAACUGGUGAUGAACAUGUGGAAAGAUUAGAAUUUAAAAGACUGGAUGGUAAUGCGUGUCUUCUGAAACUUCCUGUACAAUUGAAUAUUACUCACGUUUCAGUUAGUGAGAAUAAGGGUGACUGGAAAGAACUUGAAGAUCAUUCAUUUGAAUUUGAUGACCUUCAUCUUUUUGUCAAGAUGAAAUUUAAGGAUUCUAAUAGUUACAGAUUUAAGGUGAUUGGUGAUAGAAUGGAUUUAGACCCACAAAAUGAAGAAUUCUACAGUGAAGAUGUUAUGUAUGACCCAGAUGCCUGUGACCAUCGAAGCUCGGCUUUAAAUAUUGGAUUGAUGUGCCAUGCGAAUGGGCUUCCUACCAAUGUGGUUUCGAUCAUAAGCGAAUUGGAAGACUUGGAAUUUUUUUGUUCAAAGAAAGUAAAAUUUACCGUCCAUGGACAAAAGAAAGUAAUAACCCUAGAAACAUGGUUUGAUAUUUGUGGCGACUUUGUAAAUCGCAACUUUGAAAACCCGUAUAAAGAGCAUAUUAAAUUGCCAGUUGAUUGUGUUAAAGAUACACAAAUUGGUCGGUUCGCAGACGUAAUUACAAACUGGUGUUCAAGCAAAGUCAAAUGUGAUGUUGCUAGUUUGGUAUUGACAGAUUAUGACAGCUACAAACAUGCAGAAUUUUUAGGAUACGAUCUAUCUGAAGUUAAAAAAAAACUUUGUUUAACUGCAAAAAGCCGUGAAUGCAACAACCGAAUUUUGGUUUAUGAACCUUCUUUGCAUGUAUUUCUUAAUAUUCGCGUGUUGGAACAAGCGGAUAUUUCACAUAUUAAUCAGGCUUUGUCAGUCUGUAAUGAUGAUAUAAAGAUGCAUGCGAUGAUCCAUAGGGAAAUCAUAGUUGACAGUAAUGUCGUUUACAUUGGGUUGAUUGUAAUCCCAGAUUCACUUUUUCAAGCACUUUCACAAGAAGAGAAUAAACUUUUGUGUGGUCCCUGUUUCGAGUUAAUACUUUCGGACAGCGUUAUGAAUAAUUUGACGUCUUUUAAAGAAUGGGAGAAGAACAGCCUGCAAAAAUUUAUAAAAGAAUUAAAAAAAGCACAUGAUUUAAAAAGAAAACCAAAGAAGUUGGAAGAUACUAUAAAGUCAUAUUUUAAUCGCACUAUUGGCUUUAUGGCUACUGCUGAAGUAUUUCUUCCUUCUUUAAGAAAGAUGGAAAUGCCUUCUCUGUCUUGUAAAACUGGCGUUCAAGUUAAGACGGUGUUCUUAACACGUGAACAACAAGAGAUAAUGUGGUUGGCGGAAAACAAGUUAAUAUUGACUGGCUCGUUUGGUUCCGGCAAGAGUAUAAUUGGUCAAUUAAAACUGAAGCAGCUCUAUGAAAAAGCAGAAGGUGUUGUGAAGAUCUAUUAUGUGUGUUGUGAAUCUCAGUGCUUGUUUCAAACAACAGUUCAGGAAAUAGCUGAACAAACUUGCUUAAAGGUUAAAAAGGCAAAUGCUCAGAUUAUAGCAAGAAACCUGCUUCAGCUGAAACAAGAAAUGGGUCUUGAUGUAAGUGUGAAUUUGUCAAGAGUAAUGAAAUUGAUAUAUAAGAGAAACAAGAAUAUAUUGGUGCACUUUGUGUUUGAUGAAUACGAUGCUGAAAAUUUGGACCACAAUGAAGCUAGCGAAAUCAAAAAUGUAAUAACAGAUCAAUCAUAUCCAAGAAUUGAAGAGUCAGUUGUCAUUUUGAUCACACAAAGUAUGGAAAAGCACCGAGAGUACAUAAAGGUUAACCAGAAUGGCAAAGAGAGGAGGCAAGCCCAUGUUAAAUAUCAGUUUGAGAAAACUGGUAUGAAAACAUUUUAUUUACCAACGACAAUGAGGACCACAACGCGAAUUAAUGAUCUCAUAAAAGUGUGUGUUAAGCACUUUGAAGGGAACCCAAGCGUUUUUAACCACCCAGAGUUCUUAGGCAAGAGAGAUCCUGGACGUAGAAGUACCCCAAAGCUUGUUUUCAGCAAUAAUCCAAUCAAUGAUAAUACAGCCAAUAAAGUUUCGGCCGCUAGAUAUUAUGAAAAUAAUCCUGCCACAUCUAUACCCAAAAUUUCGAUAAGUUCAAAAGCGGGAAGAGAAACGCCUGCUUCUUUGGACGUUAAUAGUGCGACAAGAAAUCCUGUAAUAAAUGCACCAUCUGCAUACUCCUUACCACAAGUAAAAGACAGAGGGGAUGAUUUCGAUGCACAAUUAGAAACAACAGGGAAACAAACACCACAUUUAAUGGAUACAAGGCUUGAUAAUAGUAGUAGUGUGCCUAAAGAAGCAACAGAAGUACCACCCCCCAAAAAAUUAAUUCAAGGGUCAGUGAAUCUAGAUGUUGCCUUUAAAUUAUCUAAUGCGAAUCAGGUUAAGUCAGGAGAAAAGACAAAGACAGAAUUUAAAUUUAAUGGGACACACCAAGUUGGUCAUAAUAUAGUUGGGGAAUGGCCUAUCUUAGUUAGUAUUCAUAAUAGUUUUAAUGAUUUCUACUCUCAUGGUGACAUCGCUAGCCAUUACAGCCUUUGCCUGUCACAGAUUGCAGAGGAAGUUAUUGAUGAUACUGAGGAACUGGUGGUAUUGUCUUGUGAUCGUGAAUCUGCAAUAAUGGUAAAAAAUGCAUUUGGUCUUAUAAAGAAGGAAAGCAUUUGUUACACACCUGCUUUCCAUUCAAAAGAUCAAGCUCAAUCUAAAAAAGAUAUUCUAAAACGUUACAGAUCAAGAAACUGUAUCCUUAUAACUGACUUUGUUGGGUUUAUGGGGAUGGAGGCUGAAAGAUUAUGGGUUUUUGUGGAUAAAUAUGAUCACUUUUUAAAGCAACAUCUUGUGGAAUCACUAGGAAGGUGUACAAGUGAAUUGGUUGUUUUUGAAUAUGACAAUCCGAAAAAAGAAAAACCUAAUGACGAUAUUGAGAAGAUACUACAGGACUGGGAUCAGCUUGUGAAAAAAAUUACAGUAGAAGUAAUAAAAGGACAAGUCACCCAGCAACUAUUUGUGGAAUUUUCACAUGAUAAAAGUUAUGGUCUUAAUGUGAUGUCACCUGUGUACAAGAUGGAGAUUGAUAAAUUAAAAAAAAUGAAAGAUGAAAGUAACCACAGUACUGAUCAUAAAGCUGUAAUGGACACAAUUAAAAGCAAUGCCCACGAUCCAUAUUUCACAACGGGGAUCAAAGAUAUGUUUAAUCAAAGUGUCAAAGCUAGUAACGAAAAAGUAUCAGAUUAUUCUCUGGAAGGAUUUGCAUUUGAAGAUAGUGGUAUCAUGUUGCCUUUCGAAUCACGCAACGAAAUAAAUGGGUCAUUAAAUUAUCGCAGGAUGAUAUUACAAGAUCGAUUUCAUGUUAAAAUUGAGGUAGGAAAUUUCAGAGUGUUGUUAAAGGGAAGCGUUGAAAACACGGAAAGGAUGAAGGAGUGGUUUAGGUUGUACUUCGAGCUUAAAAAAAGUGGAGAGUUAAACAAUCCAGAAACUUUUGAAAGUUUGUUUUUUGGUGAUUACUUUGAAAAUGUUACGGAGGAUGACGAAAUAGCCUGGAGUUGCAUCUCAUUUGUUCCUACUUACCUCUUUGGCAAAAUUAUUGGAAAGCGAGGAGAGAAUAUCAGAAGAAUAUCUCGACAGUUUCAAGCAGAGAUUGUGGCCGAUAAAGAAGUUGGAAAAAUUUUUGUUUCAGGUAGUUCAACAGCAAAGAGAAAUAUCAAUUUUUACUUCCAAUUCCUAAUGUUUAAAAAAAAUUAUGUUAAUUCGUUAUUUUGGUCUGAUCAAAAAAUCGUGGUUGUAGGGUUACCUUCCCAUGACUCUGUUAAAUUAAUUCGAAGAAGGUCUUGCAAAGAUUGUGAACGCAAUUGUGAAAUUUUGGCACAAAUUGAACUGACAGAAUCGGAUUUAAAUAUAGAUAAUAUUCCCAGUCUCAAAGAGGUAUUUUCUAAAGUUGUUAAUGACAUGCAAAUUCAGCUACGUAAGAACGAAACAACUGCUUGUGAGCUAAUGGUUCAUCAUGGGCAUAUCCAUAUUCGAAAUUGUCAACCAGGAUCUAAAAAGGUUAUAGACAUGAUCUCCAAUGGAAAACUACAUUUUAAAAAUUUUUCCCAAUCCUCUUACAAUUUUAAUGAACUACCAUAUGAAAAUCCUUACAAGGAUAUUGUGAGAUAUGACAUAUCUGUGUUUACAUCUAAUCAAUCAUAUGAAAUGCGAUACAAAGUGUUUUUGGCGCUAAAGGAUGGUAAUGUUUCGUUUAUAACUUAUGAGGAAGCAGGGAUAUUACCUGCUAAAUUUUAUCCAUACAGAGUAGGGCCAGGCUAUUUGUGUACUCCCCCUCAAAAUGUCCGUAGAAUAGAUAUUGUUGACCCUACCACAAACACAUCAACUCGACUGAAUUUUCAAAUAUUUCAACACAACAUUGUUCCAGAAAAUGAAAUACAGGAAAAUAUUACAAAGUUGAAGAGUUUCUAUGAAAGUCUGUCUAUAAAGAGUAAUACUCUAUAUCUUGACAUUGGAACUCCUCCUGAGGGGUAUUUGUUGACUUAUGUUCGAAGAUGUGAACGAAAGACAUUCAAAUUAUCCAACAUAACAUUGCUGCGUACAUCUAGAGAGGAGAUUGAAGUACGAGAUGGUUUGAAUUAUGAGGGAGAAAUCGAGAAUGACAUUUUCCUAACAUCGAAACUUAUCCAGGGAAACGAUAUUGUGUUACAAUCAGCAGAAAUUGGAUUGCAAGAAAUUUUGACUCAUAGUAAAAAACUUAUGCAUAAUUUGGAAUGAUAUAUUCUUUAUCCUUUCUCUUUCACCAUAAUAUGUUUCUUUUAGAUUGUUUCCACUCCAUUUCAUUUGUUUUCACUCCUUCAGAAAAUUUAAUUUCUAAUCUUGAUUUGCUAGUAAUAGAUGUUAAUGCUUCUGGUAUUUAGAUACUCUUUGUGCUAAUAAUGUUUUAAAUUAAAAUCACGAGGCUGGGGAUAUACUUAUUAUACACAUUACUUUUCUUCGUUGUCAGCCUUUUAAGCGUAUGCUUAAGAAGCAGGGAGAUUUUUUACAGUAUGCUGAUUAUAACAAGAAAUUUGGGUCUGAUGAAAAUGCAUUGUGGUCUUGUUUUGUGUGGAAAAUUUUACUGUAAAUAAUUUAAGAAAAGUGAGAUAUUUUGCCAAAGUAUAUUUCUGAAUUAAUGCUUUACAACGUUGCUGAAAGGUUACUAAAUGGCUUUUUGAUGACAUUGAUCAAAGAAUGAUUCAGACGAAUAGCGUUAUAUUAAAGUUAAUAAUAUUUGUACUUUCUUGAAUCUCUUCUUUUAGUGUUACUAACAUUAAAUCCUUUAUCACUUUUUUAUAAACCUUAUGGAGUUAUUGUGUUAUUAUUUUUUAAGGUUUUUUUGACAAAAUUAUGUGUAUUCUUUUAAUUCAUUGUUUACUUUUAAAAUGCUUUGAUUUUUAGAUGUUGAUUUAGAUUAAGUCAAUGUGUAAAAUAUUUUACAUUUGCGAAUAUAUAAAUUUUAAGGAAUUCAUAGUAUAUUAAUUGUUAUAUAAGAAAUAAAUUUUAAAUGUGCUAUAGCUUUUUUAGAGUUGUUUUGUUCUCUAAUCGCAAAUUUGUUGUACACUGGACAAGAAAAUGUAUUUAUAUUGCUCAUGUGUUAAUGAAAAUUGAAAUAAAAAGUCAAAAAAUUGUGAUUAUUUGAAAGACCGAUUGUAGCAAAUUUCACUCAAAUUCUAGAAAUUAAGUCUUAACAAAAUAUCUUGGUAGAAUUAAGUUGCACAAAUAUAUCCAUAGGAUUAUUUUUCUUAAAAGUAUAAUUGCUUUACGUAAAGUUAAUUAUUUUUGUAAUUCUUUGAAUUUCUUGUUUUAGUGUCACAAUUUUUUAUGCAUUUUUGAGGGUAGAAUUGUUUUAAAAUUUUAUUUACCAAACUGUAAAAUUGAUUGGGUAAGCGUUACAUGUAUACCUUUAAUUUACUGUGAAAUUUGUAAAUUUUUUGCUUUUUUAUGUGGAUUUAGACUAAGUCUGUGUGUAAAAGAUUUUACAAUUAAAAAUGUAAAUUUUAGAAAGUCAUAGCAUGUUAAUUAUUAAAUUAUUUUGCUUUUCAGCAUGUACACUAAAAUUUAUUUCAACGAAUGUUGCACGGUGGUCAAAAGUAUAUUCUAAAAUUACACAUGCCAAUAAAAAUUGGAAUAAAAUGUUAGGGCUUUUUAUCUUUUUAUGUGAAGUUAAUUGAAGCCCAGGUUUUGGAAAAUUUCACCCGAAUUCUAUAAAUUUAAUGCUCACAGCAGUCAUUUUGAGAAGGAUUCGAAUUAUCCAUGUUUGUGAAAUAUGUCUAGCUAGAAUGUCAAUUUGGGAAAAUUAAUCUUCGCGAAAUAUGUAGGAAUCACUUGUUCGCUAAAAUUAACUUCGCGAAAGUUUUAAAACAAAAUGAUUCUUUCAUUUUUCUUCUCUGGUUUUUCUGGGCCAUUUCAAUUAAAGGCUACCUUAUCUUAAUAAAUAGGCUUGAGAGACAUUAAAUUGCGAAACAAACCUUAAAAUGGUUCAUUUAUGAAAUAUCUUGACAUCACUGAUUCACGAAAAUUAAUCUUUGAAAAAUAAAUUUUUUGGACCAUUUUCGCGAAAAUUAAUCAACUUAAGGUAUUUAUUUUAACAGUUUGUCUAAAUUAUAUACUGCAACACAACUACAAUUUUCUGUUACAAGUUUUUUACUGGUACCGCGAAUGACAUUUUUUGCUAUUGAUGGAGUUGUUUCAAUGUGUUCAUAAUGUUGAUGCAGAUCAGGAUACAUAACUUCUUGAUUUAGUUAAUAAUCGGUGGAAAAUCCACAGGAAUAGACCCAUCGCAGCAAAGUCAUUUAAAAUUAUCUUAUUUGUUAUUUGCAGCUUUAAGUUUUUGUGUGUGGUUAGCACGACCUGCUUUUGGUCAACAAGCAAAAUAUGGUUAUUAUUAUUAAGAAGGGAUAUUUUUAGCAGUCUGAAGAAACAAUUAAAAAAUCACCUAAAAAAUCACCUUUUUGUAUGUUGUAAUCAUUUACUCUGGUCUAGUCAUAUACUGUAUCAAGUUGGAAGUUAAAAAUACAAUUUUAUAUUUAUAUUACUUGUGUUCUAGUUAAAAAUAAAUUUUCCUGUUCCUGUGCCAAUCAAGUAUCUGUUAGUUGAUCCAUUUAGAAGUAAUUCGAUAUGCUGAACACGAAUCUACGUAAACAAAACAGUAUUCCUUUUUCUGCUGAUACAAUUUUGUAACUGCAAAAGUACCAUAAAUACUGGUUACAUUGAUUGGUUUUUUUAGUAUAACCCUCAUUUCACUCGGUAAAAAGUUCCGUUAAAGUUACUGAAAUACACGUACAUGACAUGGUUAAUGGUCUUGGUAAAAUAAAGAUUCGUGACAUUUCGUAGUACUUUCUAAUACUUGGUGUUGGUGUUGAUCUUUUCUAGCUUGGACAAAGCACAAAGGCAAAAGUCAUCAGAGACUAGAAGAAAUCAUGCAUAAUAUCCACUCGAGGAUGUAUUCUACGGUCGCCAUUUUUUGUCACGUAUUAAGCGAAUUACCGAAAAAGUUUGUAGUUGACCAUCAAUAUUCAUCAACAAAAAAUCCAGAUGAUGCUUUAGCACAAAUUUUUAACAAAAACAAAGAAGUUGUACAAUCAUUGUACUCUCUAAAUUAUCCAAUAAACCAAAAGAAGAUGUAUGAUUCAACUAAGCAGAAAGAUUUUAAGACCCAGAUUGUUAUUUCAUCCUUGGACAUAACAUUGAAAUACGAAAUAUUAACCAGAAUCAAAGGAUUUGUUACGUCCCAAAUAGGGAAUCCUUCGAAUUUGAUGAAUAUAGCGACCCAAAGCACCGUCCUGAUUGUUGUACUAGUUGUAGUCAUUUGUGCAAAAAGUGUAACCUUGUGGAUUGCAAAGGAGCCUGUUGUGACAAUAAGAAGAUUAAAAAGUGUAAUCAUCCAUGUAGAAAUUGCCCUGAUACGUUAAGAGACUGUAAAGAUAAUUCCAUAGUAUGUUGCAGUGAAUGUAAAACAUGCAAUAAAUGUGCGAAAUGUUUGAAAGCUGAUAUCCAAUGUCCGCUGUAUAAACUUAAAGUUUCAAUAGACACAAUAAAGAGCCUUAGAAAUGUGUUUGCUCAUAUGACUUACACAGAUUGCGAAAACUUUCAAAAGGAAAGGAUACGUUUGAGAAUUUUUCAAACUAAUUGGGAAUCGCUGUUUCGUUCUUGCACUGGAGGAUGUCAUGACCUUCAUGGGUGGUAUGAAAGAUCCAAUCAGUAAAGUUGAUUCUGAUAAAUUUAGAAGGGACUUGAAAAAUGCAAUAAGUGAUUUACUACCGAAAGAAAAGUAUGAAGAAAGGUUUAAGGAAAUGCUUGCUUUAGACGAUCGUAUACAAGAUCCAGAGGAAAUGGCAUACAGAAAUAAGAAAGAAUUAGGCAUUAUGAAACCAGUUGUUGAUCAAUUAGUAAAAGAUGUGUACGAAUCAAAUAAGUUGUUACUUAUUGUUUAGUCCCAGGACCUAUUGAUACCGGUGAUGAUUGCAAACAAAACUUAAUGUCAAAUGUGAUAAAACAGGUUACCAAAGUCUAUUAGAGUUUUGUCUUGGAGCAUAUGCAUUCGAAGAUAUUGGUGUCGUGUCGUCUUUGGAAUCUAGUAAGGAAAUAAAUGGACCAUUUGAAUAUCGCCGAAUGAUAUUGCAGGAUCGACCUUUGGCAAAAUUGAGUUGGGAAAUUUAAAAGUAAGGUUAAAAGGAAGCCUGGAAAACACAGAAAGGAUGAAGGAGUGGUUUCGAUUGUACUCUGAGCUUAAAGAAAGUGGAGAGUUAAACAAUCCAGAAACUUUUGAAAGUUUGUUUUUUGGUGAUUACUUUGAAACUGUUAUGGAAGACGACAAAAUUGCCUUGAGUUGCAUCUCACUUGUUCCUACUUACCUCUUAUUGGAAAGCUAGGGGAGAACAUCAAGAGAGCAUCUCAACAGUUUCAAGCAGAGAUUGUGCCUGGUAACAAAGUGGGGGAAAUUUUGGUUUCAGGUAGUUCAACAGCUAAGAGAAAUGUCAAUUUUUACUUCCAUUUUCUUAUGUUUCAAAAAAAUUAUGUUUAUUUGUUAUUUUGGUCUGAUCAAAAAAUUGUUGUUGUAAGGUUGUCUCCCCAUGACUAAGUUAAAUUAUUCCAAAGAAGGUCUUGCAGAGAUUUUAAAGACAAUUGUGAAAUUUUGUCACAGAUUGAACUGGCAGAAUCGGAUUUACAUAUAGAUAAUAUUCCCAGUCUCAAAGAGGUAUUUUCUAAAGUUGUUAAUGACAUGCAAAUUCAGCUACGUAAGAACAAAAAACUGCUUGUGAGCUAAUGGUUCAUCAUGACCAUAUCCAUAUUCGAAACUGUCAACCAGGACCUAAAAAGGUUAUAGACAUGAUCUCCAAUGGAAAAAUGCAUUUUAAAAAAUUUUUCCCAAUCCUCUUACAAUUUUAAUGAACUACCAUAUGAAAAUCCUCACAAGGAUAUUGUGAGGUAUGACAUAUCUAUGUUUACACCUAAUCAAUCAUAUAAAAUGCGAUACAAAGUGUUUCUGGCACUAAAGGAUCCUUUAUAACUUAUAAGGAGGCUGGGAUAUUACCUGCUGAAUUUUAUCCAUACAGAGUAAGGCCAGGCUAUUUAUGUGUCCCUCGAAAUGUCCAAAGGAUAGAUAUUGUUAAUCCUACUACAAGCACGUUAACUCGACUGAAUUUUCAAAUAUUUUACCAUAACAUUGUACCAGCAAAUGAAAUACAAGAACAUAUUGCAAAGUUGAAAGGUUUCUAUGAACGUCUGUCUAUAAAGAGUAAUACUCUAUGAGGGGUAUUUGUUGACUUAUGUUCAAAGAUGUUAACAUUCAAAUUAUCCAACAUAACAUUGCUGUGUACAUCCGAAGAGGAGAUUGAAGUACAAGAUGGUUUAAAUUGUGAGGGAGAAAUCGAAAAUGACAUUUUUUUGACAUCGGAAACAAUAUUGUGUUCCAUUCAGCAGAAAUUGGAUUGCAAGAAAUUUUAACUCAUAGUAAAAAACUUAUGCAUAAUUUGAAAUGAUAUAUUUUUUAUCCAUUCUUUUUCACCAUUCUCUUUUACCAGAGGUUGUUUCUAUAUCAGGAAUUUUCUUUUUUUGUAGCUGCACUAAUUAAAAGUAGAAAUACACGUUUUAUUACAUAAACGUUGUAUUGUUUUUCUUGUCAGACUGAUUAUGCUUAAUAUAAAUUCAACUUUUAGUCUUACGUACUCUAGUAAUAUAUGUUCAUACUUUUUAUGUGUAUUAGUAUUUAUAUGCUCUUUGUGCUGAAAUAUUUGAAAUUACAAACCAUGA